CAAAGAACAUAAAUAAAUAAUUAACCAUUAAUAUAAAAAGAAAGUCAAUAACAAUUGUUAAAAACAUAGUAAACAAAGAAAAUAGUGCCUAGAAUUCCCCUAAAUAAAGGAUCACACCCUACGUAUCUCUCGAGGAGCAAAUAAUUAACCUUCGGGAGCUACACUUGGUGUGGGCUAGGAGUGCGCCACUUGGCACACGCUCAGCCACUGCCAUGUGUCACGCUUUGGGCGCUUUCUUUGAAUUUUAAUUUUAUUUUAUUUUAUUGCAGGCGUUUUCGGCUGUUAGAUGUUUUUUCGCCUUCUCAGACUUCCCCCCAAUUUUUGGCCAAAUUGUUUUUCGAAAAGUUGUUUUUUUUUGCACGGAAAACCCGCUUCUUGAUCGGGUUGUGGUCUCCGAGCGAAAGCCUUGGUCCGUUCCAGGACCAGGCGGUGGUGUGGCGUCGUUACUCUAUUGAGUGCAUCAUAGGUGGAGACUUGGCUUGGGUUCUGUUUGCGGUUCUCCGGUAGUUGCCGAUGUUCAAGUUGAUCUUCGUGUACGCUAUGUACGCAGCCGCCGGCGAGUCCAAGAUGACGGCUUUCUCGGGACCGACCGAGUUCCGCUAUCCACUCGCCAUCUCCUCUUCAGCAUCCAAAGGUGGGUAGCAUGUCUGCAAGGAAAUUUCGGUUGGAGUUGUUGCGCUUCGAGGAGUCCGACGUUUGUUCUGACACGGCUAGAUGAUUGGUUUAGGACAGGUUAUUUUUGCGUUGUGUUUGUAAUUGUCGCUGUGGAGUGUGGAGUUCCUGCUACACUUGUUCCAAGUAAGGUGUAGUUUCUUGUGCAAGUUUUCUGCCUUUUAUAAUAAUAUGGUACGCCUAGGCGUAUUCUCCAAAAAAAUCGCCUGAAUAGUCUUCUUUUCCGUUCUUAGAAAAUGGAAAGCCUGGGUAUUUAUGUGUCGUUUCGUAGAAAAUGACAGAGAAGAGCCCAAAGCACAGCGAUGUAUUACAUGGGCCUUUGCGCAAAAAAGGUAUUACAUGGGCCUAGAGCGGCCAAUAAAUUACUGUGGGCUAGUCGUGUGUACCACAUACCUGGAGCAGGAGGGGCGGCCAUUGUCUAAAACCAAAAAAAAAAAAAAGACGAAGAAGAGGGGCGGCCAUGGCGCUCGCAUCGGGCUCCGGCAGCGGCGGCGGGAGCGACUUCUCCGUGAUGGUGAUAGGGUCCGACUUCGCGGUGGACGCCGGCGCGGCGCUCCUCGCCUCUCCCGCCGACCGCGAGGAGUGGCACGACUGCGCCCCCGACCUCGGCGACGACUUCUCCGACCUCGAGGAGCUCCAGGUGGUCCGCGUGCAGGGCGCGGACAGAUCCGGCCGGCCCGUCGUCCGGGUCGUUGGCAAGUUCUUCCCCGCUCCUGUUAUAGAUGGUGGACGUCUCAAGAGGUAUGUGUUUCACAAGCUCCGCACCGAGUUGCCAGAGGGUCCAUUCUGCAUCCUGUACGUGCACACCACUGUACAAUCAGAUGAUAACAAUCCUGGAAUGACAAUCUUGAGGGGGAUUUAUGAAGAACUUCCAGCCGAGUACAAGGAAAGGCUGCAAAUAUUCUACUUCCUGCAUCCCGGGCUUUAUUCCUGGCUCGCCAUGGCCACACUAGGCAGGCUCUUCUUAAGCGGAGGGUUGUAUUGGAAAAUCAAGUAUGUUAGUAGGCUGGAGUAUCUAUGGGGGGACAUAAAAAAGGGCGAGGUUGAGAUUCCAGAUUUUGUAACUGAACAUGACAAGAUCCUUGAGCACCGACCAUUGACAGACUAUGGUAUAGAACCUGAUCCUCUGCAUCUUGCUGAUAUACCUGCUGCAGGAUACUCAUUUGGUAGGUAUGAAGACAAAUGGUCUCCUGAAGAUCGUUGGCAUUCACGCAAUUACAUGUGAUAUUUUGUGCUAUUCAAGGCUUUUAAGUUCUCUGUGUGUAUAUAUUAUAACAAAUGGCGACACAUACCAGAUUGUUGUGGAAACUUUGUUCGUGAAAUUGUGGGUGUGUAUGACAUAUUUGUAGAGACAAUAUCAAAUGGAUGACUGAUUGAACAUAUGCUAAAUGAUGUGAUUUGA